ACUGUAUAUAUAUUUAUAUAUGUAUCAACGGUAUCAACAUUAGAAUUUCAUGUCCCAUUGAUCCUACGCUUAUGCUCAAGUCCAGCUGACUUGUUUGUGUCGCCGCUGAAUCGCUGAAAGCUGAACUGAAGUAGUCAGUAAAUGUUCGCUUCUAUACGUGCAUAAAAUACGUGUGUUGUAUUUACGUACUAUUAUUUGUAAUUUUAGUGUAUUUACAUAUUAAACAAAACAAUAAAAUCAAACAAACAAACAAACAAUUAUAAAACAAUAACAAUAGCAACUAAAUAAGUCAUAAACUUGUAACAAAAAGUGACGCAGUGAAUCUAAGCCUUAAUAUAUAUAAGGGUAAGAGUUGAUGGUAUGUUUUACGAAAUAUAUAUGUUUAUAUAAUUUAACGAGUGAUAAUUGUGGAUAAAAAUACAAGGUGGCGUUUGAAAUCUUCAAUUGACUUAUGGUAAUGAUGAAGUCAAAGAAGUUCUUUAUAUUUAACAAGAAGUUAUUUUAGUCGACGAAACAGCGAUACAAGUAAAAGUGAAUAAAUUUUUUUUUCUCAGCAGUACUUAAAAAUAAAAAAUUACAAAUAAAACAUAAUCCUUAUGAGCGUUGGGGACCGGUUAAAAGACGUAAGGACUCGGGUGUUUGAUACCCUGAUGCUCUAUAUAUCGCGUGAAAUUGUGUUCUCAAGCUGGUGGUGGUUUCAUUGUAACUUUAUUAUUAUUAAUAUACGAACGUUCUAAUUGUGUCAGUGCUCAAUAAGAGAAUAUAAAUAAUGAUAACAAAUGGAAAAAAAAUAUUACAAGUUAUUUAGGUAUUAAAAAAACUAACUUACGGAGGAAGGAAUAUCGAUGACGAAGAAGUAUGACGCAUUAAGAUCAUAAAAUACCUGCAAUUUUCAAGGUUUGAUAUUUGUUUUAUAUUGUAAGAGAGCAGAAACAAAGUUAAGAAACAAGUAUCAGCAUCAGUAUAAGUGGUGUAUAUUGGGUGGUAGUAGGGACAACAGAUCAUCGCGACAUCCUCGACAAGACCCGUGGACGUGAGAAUAAAUCAGUGAAAAACGUGUCCAUGAAGCGACAAGAUGAAGACGCGGAAGCUGCUGUUGCCGGUGUUAUUAACGCUUGGCAUUGUGUUUUUCUUAGCGCUUCCAUCGAUUGCGGAUGACCAUAAAUCUAGAGUUAAAUCUGUCAGUAAAAGAUAUUCUAAAUCUUAUAGUAAACAUCGGGAUAAAACUUCUAAGGGAAAGUAUGAUCCGGAAUUAGAUGAUAGAGCGUAUGUUGACACUGAUCAAGAUACUAAACAUAUUAUUAAUGACGAUGAUAUUGACAGUUUUGGAUAUAGGAGUAAUCGUGCCAUUGAUGUUUCAAGUUCUAAUAAUGGAAAUUCAAGUAAAAAUGGACAGCAAGUUAAAUCAAAUUUACCGAACGAAACAUUGAAGAUGGACAAAAAAAUAUCUACGAAGCCACGUAAAUUAAAGAAUGUUACUAUUGCUAAUGGUAUUUGUCAGAGUAUCGACAUAAGAAAUCGUGUUCGCAAUUUUGAAAUAUUGAAAGAUUGUGAGAUCAUCGAAGGUUUUCUUCAAAUAGUAUUGAUCGACAAUAAUACAGAAGCUGAUUUUGAGGGUCUUAGUUUUCCAAAAUUACGUGAAAUUACAAGUUAUAUGAUGUUAUAUCGUAUAAAUAAUCUCCUGACUCUACGUCAUUUAUUUCCAAAUCUAGAAGUUAUUCGUGGUGAUAAAACUAUACUUGAUUACUCGUUUAUGAUCUACGAAUUACCAAACCUAGAAGAGAUUGGCUUAACGAAGUUGACUAAAAUCUUAAGAGGAGCUGUGAGAAUUGAAAAAAAUCCAGAGCUUUGUUAUGCUAGUACAAUAGAUUGGAACGAAAUUGUUGUUAAUGGAGAAAACUUCAUCAAAGAUAAUCAAAAUCCAGCCGAUUGUCGGGUUAAUUGCUCAUCAUGCCCUGGUAAAUUAUGUUGGAAUGAAAAUAUUUGCCAAAAAACAAAAAAACCAGUAUGUCAUGAAGAAUGCCUGUCGGAUUGUUUUGGUCCAAGUGAUAAGGACUGUUUUGUUUGUAAAAAUUAUCGAUUUGGUGGCAGAUGUGUAUCUAAGUGCCCAGAUCAUUUAUAUGCAUAUUCCUUACGAAGAUGCAUAACGGCUGAAGAAUGUUUAAAAUUAAACAUUAUCCAUAAAAAUGAAGAUGAAAGAAAACAAUGGCGCGCGUUCAAUGGUUUGUGUUUAGAUCAUUGUCCAAUUGAUUUUGAAGAAAGAAUCGAUCAAAAUAAUGUUGCAACAUGUAAACCAUGCAAUGGAACAUGCCGUAGAAUUGGAUACAGUGGAUUAAUUCGUCAUAUAUCUGAUUUACAACGUUAUCAAGGUACGACAUUUAUAGAUGGUAAUUUAGAAUUUCAAAUACAUAAUGGGAUUCCAAAUAUUAUUGAAGAAUUAACAAACGCCUUUGGAUUAGUUGAAGAAAUAACGGGUUAUUUAAAAAUAACCCACUCAUUUCCAAUAGUAUCAUUGGAUUUUUUCAAAAACCUACGAAUUAUAGGUGGUAAAUAUGUUGAGGUAGCUGGGGCUAGUGUUAUUGCUCUUGAUAAUCCAAAUUUAUCAAGUUUAUUUCCUGAAUCACAAAAAGUUAAAGUUUUAAAUGGUCGGUUAUUUUUUCACUACAACCCGCGACUGUGUAUGUCUAAAAUAAUAAGUUUUGCUAAAUCGGCCGGUAUUAAAAAUUAUACAGAAAUAGAAAUUCAACCAGAUUCAAAUGGUGAAAAAGUUGCAUGUGAUAUUGUUAAUAUAAAUUUAACAAUAAAACAAAAAGGACCAAAUAAUGUGGAUUUAGAAUGGGAAAUUUAUAAACCAAGUGAAGGACAACGUUUACUGAGUUACCUAUUGAGUUAUGUUGAGACAAAUAACGAAAAUGUUACUUUUGAAGGUAAUUCUUGUGGUGAUAAACACUGGCGAGUAUUGGAUGUUGAAAUUCCAUUAACAGAUUCACCAAAUGCUAAAGUAUCUAAAUCAAUCGUUGAUUUAAAACCAUAUACAAAGUAUGCUGCUUAUGUUAAAACACUUGCUGCAAGAGAUAAAAAUUCAUUUCGCAGUCCAACUGGACAAUCUGAAAUAAUAUAUUUUAUAACAGCACCCGAUAUACCGUCAGUACCAUUAGAUAUUAAAUCUUAUGCUAAAAGUGACUCUGAAAUAGUCGUCGAAUGGAAUCCACCUGAACAACCAAAUGGCCCAAUACAAUAUUACAUUAUUCGUGGUUAUUUACGUAGUGAAGAUCGUAAAUUUUUAUUAACACGUAAUUAUUGUACUAAUGGAUUAAUAAAUGAAGUUGAAGAACAACAAGUACCAGAAGUAACUAUUAAAACACCAAUAUCUGUACCUCAUGUCGAUUCAUGUUGUCUAAAAGAUAGUCGUACUACUCAUCCAAUUGAAACAGUAUCAAAAAGAUUUGAAAUAUUUUGUAUUGACAAUACGACAGUAAGUUAUACGUCGAACGAUAAAAAAAAUUAUUGUCGUUUCAAUCAACAUCCAGUUAAUGAUAAUUAUAAAUCAAAUUAUCACUUAAAUGACAAUUUAUCAGGACAUGAAUUAUUUGAAUCAUCGAGAGUUAAAAAUAAAAAUAUUAUUGAUGAUAAAAAAACCCGUAUAUACAAUGAUACCUAUUAUUCAUUUGUAUUUAAUAUAAGUGCCAAUAUAAAUUCAUACAACUUAAAAAAAUUAUAUCAUUUUUCACUUUAUACAAUAUCUGUAACAGCAUGCGGUGUUACGUUAAAAAAUGGUACUCAUUUGUGUUCAUCAAAUCAGUAUACUAGUGUUAGAACAAAAUCUUUAUCACGUAUGGAUGAUAUUGAUAAUAUUAAAAUAAAUGUAUUAAAUGAUACUAUUGUUUUAAUAACAUGGGACGCUGUUAAUGAACCAAAUGGUAUUACUGUUUCAUAUACAAUUGAGUAUACGAAUCUCGAUGUACAAAAUGCUAAAAAAAAUUCAAUAUGUAUACCAGAAAAUGUUAAUCGUAAAAAACGUAAUGCUUAUACAUUAACGAAUCUCACACCAGGUAAAUAUAGUGCACGAUUACGUUCAACUUCACUUUCUGGUAAUGGUAAUUGGUCACAAAUAAAUUAUUUUUCAAUUGGUAUUAAAGAUAAAACUGUUACAGUAAUAAUAAUAUCGGUAGUAUUAUCAUGUUUUGUUGUUGCUUUUGUUGUUAGUUAUAUUUAUUAUUUAAAGUUUUAUAAAAUAAAACAAACACGUAUAAUAGCGAGUGUUAAUCCAGAUUAUAUUGAAUCAAAAUAUGUGAAAGAUAGUUGGGAAGUUUCAAGAGAUAAUCUUGUUAUUGGUGGACCACUUGGUAACGGUAAUUUCGGUCGUGUAUUUCGUGGUAAAUUAAAUGGUGUACAAGAUGUUGCUAUAAAAACAAUAACAGAGAAAAAUUAUACAGAAGAAGAAAGACAUGAGUUUUUAAACGAAGCCUCAGUUAUGAAACAAUUUACAACUUAUCAUAUUGUUAAAUUGGUUGGUGUUAUUUCAGAAGGUGACCCACCUUAUGUUAUUAUGGAAUUAAUGGAAAAAGGUGAUUUAAAAUCUUAUUUACGCGAAAAUCGUGAUAUAUUAACAUUAGAUGUACCACGUAUUGUUAGAAUGGCGGGUGAAAUAGCUGACGGUAUGGCUUAUUUAGAGUCGAAAAAAUUCGUUCAUCGUGAUUUAGCAGCACGUAAUUGUAUGGUAUCUAAAGGAUUAGUAUGUAAAAUUGGUGAUUUCGGUAUGGCUAGAGAUAUUUAUGAGACUGAUUAUUAUAAGAUUGGCCAGAAAGGUUUAUUACCAAUACGUUGGAUGGCGCCUGAAAAUUUAUCUGAUGGUGUAUUUACUUCUUGUUCAGAUGUUUGGUCAUUUGGUAUCGUAUUAUAUGAAAUUUUAACAAUGGGUGAAUUACCUUAUCAAGGUUUUUCAAAUGACGAUGUCUUAAAUCAUGUAUUACGUAAAGGUGUUGUUAGUAUACCACGUAAUUGUCCUGAUAUUAUUAUUAAAUUAAUGGAAAAAUGUUUUAAAUGGCGUCCAGAUGACCGACCGACUUUUAUGGACAUAGUGGCCGAACUUGAACCAUUUUUAGAACAAGAUUUUUGUGAAAAAUCGUUUUAUCAUUCAGAUGAAGGUGUUGCCUUACGUAGUGUUGAGCAUAAAAAAAUUUACCAUAAUGCGGCACAAUUUCGUUUUCAUUGGGGUAAUGAUUCAACAGCUCGAUGGGUACGUGAAUUCGAGGACAAUGUUACGUUAUUGGAUCAAACAGCUACAGCUGGUGUUGGUAGAAAUCGAAAAUAUAAAAAUGGAUUUCAGCAAUACGGUAGUGAACAACAUGCCAUGGUAGAUAUACCGCUCGAUCGGUGAUAGAGCUUUUACUCUUCUGGCAUUUAUUUAUAUUUUAUUAAUUAAUUAAUUAUCAUUAUUUUUAAAAAUGAGAAAAAAAUUACGUUUUGUUUUUAAUCAUAAGUUAAUUAUCAGUCAGUCUGAUAAAUUUGUAUGUAUGUCAAUAUGUACAAACAAUAUUCUCAGGGCAACAAUAGUCUAUUAUAGUUAUUUAGGAGGAAAAAAAAAAAAAAA